UCUCCGUCGCCAUUAUUUCUCGAAUUCCUCGCAAGAAAACGCGUCUGCUCUUGCUUUUACCCCCUCUCUUCUUCUCCUUUCCUUCUUUGCACGAAGAGAGAGAGAGAGAGAGAGAGAGAGAGAUGGGAGGAAACGAUGACUACCGGAAACCGUCGUCUCUAGAAUCCCGGCGACAGGCCAAGUGGAAACUCAAGAUCUUGUUACUGGUCAUCUUCUCCAACUUACUUACCAUAUACAUCUUCACGGGACCAUUCCGCUUGUCCCAGCAUUCCCAAGGCCUGAGCAUCGGAUUUUUCGACGAUGCGCGCAGCCUCCUUCUUCAAGAGCUCAACGCCACGCAGCGCCGCCUAAUGUCGAUGGAGGUCCAUGUCUCCGAGGUGCAGAACAAGCUGCACUCCAGCAACAACCACCUGGAGACCCUUCUCGCCGAGUUGAACAGGCUGAGGGAGUCGCUCAACCAGCGGAACGAACCCUCAAACUCUGCCGUGGACGACGACGCCGUUGAUGAGUGGGGUUCCGACGUCCCCGACGAGGUGAAACACAUUGUGGCGGUGCACAAGCUGCCGCUCGGCUUCUCGGCGGUUUACGGGACCGACGAGAUUUACCCGCCCGUCGGCCAUGCCUGCCGGCGAUUCAAGAAAGAGAUAAAGGAGUACAUGUCGUAUGAAGUUGGAGGCACGUGUCCGGUGGACGAUAUGUUCGCCCAAAGGCUGAUGCUGAAGGGGUGCGAGCCCUUACCCCGCCGCCGGUGCCACCCGAAAUCGCCAGUGGGGUACGUGGAGCCCCUGCCGUUUCCCCGGAGCUUGUGGGAGACCCCGCCGGACACCAGCAUCGCCUGGGACUCUUACAACUGCAAGAACUACCAGUGCCUGAUCGACCGCCCGAAGAACACCCAGCUGUCCCCCGACUGCAAGGACUGCUUCGAUCUGCAGGGAAGGGAGAAGAGCCGGUGGCUCCGUGGCAGCGAUCGCGGUCUCGACUACGGCAUCGACGAGGUGCUGGCCAUCAAAGGAGGAUCCAUCAGGAUCGGGCUGGACAUCGGCGGUGGCUCCGGGACCUUCGCCGCCAGGAUGAGGGAGCGGAACGUGACGAUCGUGACGACCUCCAUGAACUUCGACGGGCCGUUCAACAACUUCAUAGCGUCGAGGGGGCUCGUCCCCAUCUACGUCACCGUCUCCCACCGGCUUCCUUUCUUCGACAACACCCUCGACAUCGUUCACUCCAUGCACGUGCUGAGCAACUGGAUUCCGGACAUGAUGCUGGAGUUCACGCUCUUUGAUAUCUACAGGGUGCUGAGGCCCGGCGGCUUGUUCUGGCUCGACCACUUCUUCUGCUCCGGCGAUCAACUCAACGUCACGUACGCGCCCAUGUUCGACAGAAUCGGGUUCAACAAGUUGAGGUGGACGGCGGGGAGGAAGGUGGACAAGCAGCGCAACGAAUGGUAUCUGUCCGCUCUGCUCGAGAAGCCCACGACUUGAAAAAACCGAGAGGAGAAAUCCAACACCACUCUGUCUCACUUUUGAUUUCUCAGUUCUCCUCUCUUCUUCUUCUUCUUCUUCUUGUGGUCUAUGAUGUUGGGUAUUUAGUCAUGACUUGUUAAGAAUGAGGGCUGAAAGCACCACUCUAGUUGGUCACUGCGCUUUUCUUUAUAGCUACAUACACAUUUUCUUUAAAAGCAGCAUAGAUUUAUCUGCUUCAGAAUAGCGAUUAAGAUUUAAAGACUUGGGGAAAAGAUGCAAAUGAUGUAACCUUCAUACUUUUUAUUAAGCAGGUUUUCGUUCCAUUGUGUGCUGUUUUGUUGUUUUUGCUUGUUAAUCAUCAUGUCAU